AUGCAGAGACUACACGAGUUUCGUCAGCUGCGGACCCAGAACACCGUCCGAACUCAUACUAAGUUUGACGGCAAGUUGCUCCAAAGUGACUUCUCCCUGCAUGACCUUCUCGCCAAGAGAAAGGAGAUGACGAUCUUCAUGAGUCGACACCAAUGUCCUGUCUACUGGGACGACGUCUGCUCUGAACCCCUCAAGACCCGCAUCAUGAUGAGAUUCGGCGAUCGCAAGCCCACAACUUACUUCUGUAUGAUUACAGAGGAGGAUGUUUGGUUUUCUUGCUGA